AGCAGUGAGACACCAGAGUAAACAAACGUCGGACCACUUCGUCCACGAUCAAACAAGAGAAAUUCGAGUCUUCGGGAUUACCAAAACUUUAAUUGAACAAGUGAAAAUCGAAGAAAAUGUCCGGGCCAAUGGUGUUGUGUCAGCUGUGGAUGGGAGGGUUGGAGCCGUACAUGACGGAGAGUUUUAUUAUGAAUGCAUUUCACAAAAUGGGAGAGCAGCCUCAGACAGUCAAGGUCAUGAGGAAUCGCUACACGGGGGAGCCGGCAGGCUACUGUUUUGUGCACUUUCCCACUGAUGAGAUGGCUCUUGAUGCCAUGCACAAAUUGAAUGGAAAAGUCAUUCCAGGGUCCAAUCCAGCUGUUAGAUUUCGACUGAAUCAUGCCAGUACCACAGGAAAGCCAGCAGCAGACAGAGAAUUCAGCAUAUGGGUCGGGGAUUUAUCUACCGACGUUGAUGAUUACUCCCUCUACAGAGCCUUCGCAGCGAAAUAUAAUUCAAUCAGAACAGCUAAAGUCAUUUUAGAUAGCUCUGGGUUCAGCAAGGGAUACGGCUUCGUCAGAUUCGCGAAUGAGGACGAGCAGAAGAGCAGUUUAGUGACGAUGAAUGGGUACAAGGGGCUGGGCACCAAGGCUCUCAAGAUCUGCAAUGCUGUGCCUAGACCUUGGAAUAAAUUAGCAGGGUCAACUCCACCUCAAAUGUCUUCGGAGUACUCCUCAACAAACGUCAGCAGUGAUUCCUAUAAUUAUUACGAUACUUCUUCCUACUGGAAUAGCUACAGUGCGUGGCAGCAGGGGUAUUACGAGAGUGAACCCACUUCUGAUAACUACAGUAAUUACGUUUCUGAGCCAAAACCUGAGGAGGAUGAUUUAGAACUCAUUGAGCACUCAGUACCAGUGGACAUAGACAAACUCAACAGGGACAUAAUUGAGCAGGAUUACAACAUGUGGGACGCACUGGAGAGUUCUAAAUGGAUUCCAUGUGAUACUCUUGAAUUGUGCUACUGAAAAGUACCUAUUGUAAACCUACAACUUCCAAAAAGAAAUCCAACGUAAUUUUAACAUUUUAAUUAAGAAGAAGAAUUCCCGAAGCCACGGGGAUAUAGUCCGUGGUUUCCACAAAUGAAAUAAACGAAAUUGAUGAUUAA